AGAGGGCAGGGCUGAUGGGGGCGGUGUCGGGGGGGAGAGGCGGCUCUGAGUUCCGCCGCACAGCGUGACCUCUGGUGAACGCGGCUCUGGAGCCACUCGCAGUGGAGGACGAGCUAACGGGACAGCCGCACGAGCCAACCACAGCCGGGGCGCUCAGGCUGGACCUGGGUGGAGACUUCGCGCACUGCGGUUGCAGUUUUAAGAACAGGUGGAAUUGGAUAUGGCUAAUUCAUAUGAUUUCAAUGAACAAAACUCAUGGAAUGGAAUCUCAUCUGAAAAGAAUUUCCUUGCAUCAGAAGAUCAUGGACAGAAAAUUUUAAGUGUACUACAGAGUUUUAGAGAACAGAAUAUCUUUUAUGAUUUCAACAUAGUCGUGAAAGAAGAAAUAAUCCCAUGUCAUCGGUGUGUGUUGGCGGCUUGUAGCGACUUUUUCAGGGCUAUGUUUGAAGUAAAGAUGAAAGAAAGAGAUGAUGGAUGUGUUACCAUUACUAACUUGUCCUCCAAAGCAAUAAAGGCAUUUCUUGACUAUGCCUAUACUGGAAAAGCAAGAAUAACAGAUGAUAAUGUAGAAAUGUUUUUUCAGUUAUCAUCCUUUCUUCAGGUUCCCUUUUUGUCAAAAGCUUGCAGUGACUUUUUAAUAAAAAGCAUCAGUCUCGUCAAUUGUUUGCACUUGUUAUCUCUCUCAGACAGCUAUGGCUCUACACAUUUGUUUAAUCAGGUUUUAUGCUUUGUACAGCAUCACUUUCAUUUGUUAUUUAAAUCCAGAGAGUUUUUAGAGAUGAAUUUUGGAGUGCUGCAGAAGUGUCUGGAGUCAGAUGAGUUAAAUGUGCCAGAGGAAGGAAUGGUCUUGAAGGUUGUCAUUACAUGGAUCAAAUACAACUUAGAGUCCAGGCGAAAGCACCUGCCUCACUUGAUUACAAAAGUAAGGCUACAUCAGUUAUCCGAGGACACACUUCAAGACUAUCUGCUCAAUGAGGAGUGUUUACUCAAAAGCACAAGCUGUUUUGACAUAAUCGUGGAUGCCAUUAAGUGUGUGCAAGUUUCUAGUGGCCUCUUCGCUGAUGCUCGACCAUCCACAACUGAAAAAUAUAUAUUCAUCCAUAAAACUGAGGAAAAUGGAGAAAAUCAACAUACAUUUUGCUAUAACAUUAAAAUCGACUCAUGGAAAAUACUACCACAAUCACAUCUGAUUGAUUUGCCAGGAUCUAGUCUGUCUAGCUAUGGAGAGAAAAUAUUCUUGAUGGGUGGCUGCAAAGGGAAGUGCUGUAGGAAGAUUCGACUUCAUAUUGCUGAGUCUUAUCAUGAUGCCACUGACCAGACCUGGUGCUACUGUCCAGUCAAAAAUGAGUUUUUCUUGGUUUCAACCAUGAAAACUCCAAGAACCAUGCAUACAUCAGUCAUGGCUGUUAGUCGAUUAUUUGUUAUAGGUGGAAAGACUAGAGGAUCCCGGGACAUUAAGAGUCUUUUAGAUGUUGAAUCUUUUGAUCCACUAUCCAAAGAAUGGAUAUCAGUUAGCCCUUUACCAAGAGGUAUCUAUUACCCAGAAGCCAGUGCAUGCCAGAAUGUCAUUUAUGUUCUUGGAUCCGAGGUAGAGAUUGCAGAUGCUUUUAACCCAUCACUUGAUUGUUUUUUUAAAUACAAUGCUACAACUGACCAGUGGUCUGAACUAGUAGCAGAGUUUGGACAGUUCUUUCAUGCUACUUUAAUUAAAGCUGUCUCAGUAAACUGCACCCUGUAUAUAUGUGACCUUUCCACCUAUAAAGUAUACAGUUUUUGUCCAGAUACUUGUGUUUGGAAAGGAGAGGGCUCUUUUGAAUGUUCAGGCUUUAAUGCAGGUGCAAUAGGGAUUGAGGAUAAGAUUUACAUAUUAGGUGGAGAUUAUGCACCAGAUGAGAUCACAGAUGAAGUGCAAGUUUACCACAGCAGCAAGUCAGAGUGGGAAGAGGUGUCACCAAUGCCAAGAGCCUUAACUGAAUUUUACUGCCAAGUUAUUCAGUUCAACAAGUAUAGGGACCCAUGGUUUUCUAAUCAUUUCUAAAAGUAGUAUUUGCUUGAGUAGUCUAAAAUGAUACCUAGGAGAAUUAGUAAAACAAAUUAGCACAAUAAAAUAUUCCUUCUAUUGAAGAAUGAUUAUAGAUGUAUGGUGUCUAUAAGUAGACAAUUUCCAGAAAAUUAAAAUAUAGAAUAUAUUUUACCAAAGUUACAUUGAAUGUGAAUAAUUCAGAAUACUUAGUAUUUUCUUAUGUAAACAAAAAUUACAGAUUUAGGUAAAAGUUGGCAAAGAAAAGUUGGUGUUCAUAAAUUCAUGGAGAAUUAUUUUUGUAUAUAACCGGUAGCUUCAGUACAAUUUCAGGAUUUAAUUAGUACCAUACCAUUUUCCUGCCAUGGGUUCUAAUCAGGCACCAUGUUGUUUUACAACUUUAGUAAAUUCUAAGUGAAUCAUUCGAAAAAUUACAGAAUUUCUGUUAUCAGUAGUUUAAAAAUCUAUGUCUUUGUCAACUUCAACCAGAGCAUGACCAUCCUUGUUCCUGAGCAAGGUCAUUCUGUUUUGCAAGAGGCAUGCUUGUUUAAUUGCUCUAAGAGAUACUGCCAAUUUAGGUUUUAAGACACCUGAUUCAUAUCUCAGGCAUUAUGUAGAUCAAACAACUUAGAAUUAGUGUAAUUUCCUGCACUACAUUAUAAAUAUUAAUUUGUAGUAAGUGUAGAGUUAAGAUUAUCCAAAAUGAAAGUUCUUUGAUUUUAUCACACAAAUUUCAGAUGUAUUUUCAAAGUAUAUUUGCAUGCAGCUUUAAAACCAGACUCUCAGAUAUCAAUUACAGGGUAUUCAGAACAAUCAGUACCUAGUUUUAAGCACACAGACUGGUUGGCUCUGCCAUUUUCCUUCAUGUCUACUUAAGAAAAAAACUUAAGGGUUGCUUCUCUGGCAUUCUUUGAGAAAGCAGGUAACAAUUAGUAAUCUAUGCAGAGCUGUUACAUAUUUCUUAGUAAAGCAUGCUUAAAUAAUGUCAUCAGUAAAUCUAGAAAUUACUCAUUUCUUCCAUACACGCACACACACACACACACACACACACACACAUAUAUAUAUAUAUAUAUAUAUAGACAGAGAGAGAGAGAGAAACUAAAUUAAAAUAAUUUCCUCCCAACACUGUUAUAUUCCCCAAUCCUUUUUAUUUCUGCUAUUCUCUGUGAUAAUGUUCUUGACAUCAAGACCCAACUGGUCUACUUUGUAUUUGUUUUCUUUGCUUAUACUGGUUUGGGUUCUUUGUUGUAUUGCAGUGUUUCGUUUUUUUUAAAAAAAAUAUGUUCAUUCCUUGCCAUCUCUGUUCAUCUACAUCUUGUGCUUUUUUCCAUUUUUCAUUAUGAAGAAAAUACUUUGUCCAGUCAUAAAACCCAGGCUCUUCAUUUCUUUAUCACCAUCACAACAGGCUUGGCUCUACUAACUAAUGCCAAACUUUGUAUUUCCUUGUCAUGCUUUCACUUCAUCUAACUACCACAAAGAGGAAAAUGGUCCUGUGUUCAGAAUCUCUAGAACUCUAUCCAUACUGGAUAGAACUUUGCUCCAUGACUAAACUGGUACAUCCAGUGCACUGUGGCCUUGCAACCUAAGAACAUAAUGUAUCACUCUGGCUUUCUUCAUUCUGGUUUUCUAAUGUGCAAAUCUCUGUGAUCACUGAGGUCUAUUCUCACCCUUCUAUGAUGUCUUCUUUUAGUUUUCUUUUUUUUUUCUUUUUAAAGUCACUCUUCCUUUCAUGUUGACAUUCAGCCAGGACUAUAUUGUAAUGGCUAAAUAAUUGACCUCACUAUCCAGACUGCUGGCGUUCUUGUGGGGGAAAAAAUGUUUAACAUUUCUCCAUUAUUUUUGUCUUACCCUACCUCAUUAGGAGUAAGCAUCCAGAAAUAUUUGAAUAUUAUCUCUUAAAAUUGAAAGCAUGUAUAUGGCAUUGUUAAAUAUAGAAAAUGGUUAACAUAUGAAAUAAAUUUAGAGUUAUUGGACAUUCUUGUUGUGGUCUUUAAACUUAAGUUAAAAUGCAGUGUACCUUUGUUCAUAUACAGUCUUGAGGAAGAGUAUUUGCAUAACCAAAAUUAACAAAUCUCAUAACACUUAACUCUAUUGGUAAGGAAAGAAAUAUUUACCAGAACAACAUUCAUUGCAUUCUUUACUCAUGAAAGCUGGAUUAUUUGAGGGCAACCGCACAUUGCAACUAAAUUCCAUCUUUUCAUAUAAAAUUGAAUAUGUAGUCAUUGUGUUUGGCUCAAGGAUACAUUUGACAACCAAAGUCUAAGACAGAGAUAUAGAUCCAUUUUCUAUUUUGAUAUUUGAAAGCAAUAAAUAUUAUAAUGAUUGCAUGCAUAUUUGAAUACAGAACAUUACUUUGGAUCAUUGUUCUCAGAUUAAUUGGGUCCAUUGUUCUGGAAGUUUUUCUGCUGUAUUUAAAAUUAUUAUUUUUAAUUAUUUUUAUUAUUAAAAUUAUUAUAAAAUUAUAUUAAAAUUAUUAUUUAAAAAUAUUAGUUUUUAAAACAUCCCCAAGAAAGCACUUCAGAGGUGAGCCCUUUAAUAUAGGGGGUAGACUCUAUAGGAAAGCAGACCUCUGUUCACUGUAAGAAACAGCAAUUGCACUUUAUAAUGUCCCAAGGUUGAGACUAUUACUACACAUUUUAACUAUUCUGAUUUAACUUGUUUACAUACUUGAGAAUUUUAAAAAAUAGGACUUGAUUUUAUGGGAGGGAAAUUUUCUCUUUCCUUCUCCAUGUUUCUCCCAUUCUUCUUUCCUACUUCCACACAGAAAAAAAAAAAAAAACAUUAAACUGAGUAAAAACACAAAGACGAAGCAAAACUUUAUGAAUUAUUUCCGACACAGUACUUCUAAAAACUACUUAUAUAAACAGAAAUGGUGAUUGCCUACCUUUAUAUCUUAAAAUUUAAAGUAUGUUUACAGAUUAAAUAUGAUGACCUAAUGCCUACUCAAAUUCAUAACAAAGAUGAGAAUUUAAUCAAGGGGUGAUACUACUGUUCGUUUACAAAAUGUUAACUAUUCUAAGUUAGAAUUAUACAUUCAAAGUGUAAAUAAUCUUGGAAUAAAAUAUGGGGAAAAUCUUUCUAACCGACAUUUCAGAUAAAUGAUUUUGUCUUAGUGUUUAUAGUUCAAUGCUUUCAGGGAUAAAGAAUUCCUAUACUGUACUGAUUCCAAGCAGUUACCUUAGAAAGUGCUGUAACAAUGAAAUUAUCUUUUGCAGUUGUAAUAAUAGCUUCAGUUCUUGCCUUACAGUUGUUGUCUCUGCCUGUCAGUCAUUCCAAGUACUUGGAGCAGCACCAUGUCUCUUGUUGGUGCAACGUAUAUUCUCAUUUUCCUUCUUGUUGCAGAACUUAACAUAUUGACUUUUCUAUCAGUGGCCAGGUUACAUGAUUUCUCUUUGUAAGGUUGCCACAGAGAAUUUGUCUUCAUUGUAGUACAUGUUGUUGGGUUGAGCCUGACAGCCUUUUUAGAAUCUUUCACAGGAGGACUUUACUGUCUAGUGCAAGUGAACUUGGUGGUUCAAGCAUUUCAUUUUAGUCUAGCUUUCCAAACUGUAGAUUGGGACGCUUUCACAGGGGUCACAAAGUCCAUCAGAAAACACAAAUAUUUACAUGUCAGUUUAUAAUAGUAGCAAAAUUACAGUUAUGAAGUAGCAACAAAAUAAUUUUAUGGUUGGAGAUCACCACAACAUAAGGAACUAUAUUAAAAGGUGAUAGCAUUGGGAAGGUUUAGAACCAAUGGUCUAGAGUCUUGGUAUGUAUCCUGUAAACUCUCAUCCCAUCAACAUAAUCAUAAACAUAUAUUUUGCUGGCAAAAAUUAAGGGAAAAUUUUAAUAACAAUUGUUAUUAGAUGCAAUUUUCAAAAUUUUAAAAAUCCUUUAAAAGAGUUCUCCGGAAAGUAUACAAAACAGAAAUCAUAGAUAACAGUUACAUUAUUAAACAGAGGACAAUUUACUCAUAGAUCAAUAUAGACUAGCCAUAUAAUAAUAACAGCAUGAUAUUUUGAUAAAACAAGGCCACAAUUCCAUAAUUUUCAACCACGAAAGUUUAUUCACCUCACUAACUUUGAGAAUUUUCCCAACCAUACAGGUCUAACUAGCUCAACGACUUGUGCUAUUAUUCUUAAGGGUAAUGAAGUGGCUGAAAUAACUCAGAGUAUAGCCUUCUGUUAGUAAUAUCACACUAAAUAAAUAUUUCCUUAUAUUUCUCAUCUACCUGUAGCUCACAGAGACUGAGAGAUAACUUAUUUCAAAACUCAGAAAUUAGCUCAGUGCCUGUCACAGAAAUAUGUCUAAUAACCUAAUUCUAUUGAGCAAUGUGUUUAUAUAAGGCAAAAUAUAUUUAUUAGUUAUAUCAUGACUGUGAUUCUUCUGUAACUUUGGCAAAUUGUUUCCUGAAGGUGAUGUUCUAGCUUUUAAGUAAUUCUUCUAUUUUUUUUGAGGUGAUGUUAUAGCUUCUUUCCUGAUGAUGAUGUUAUUACCCCUAAGUCAUUCUCUACCUAUUUUUCAGGUAGUUGAUAAUUAUUUAUUUUCACACAUUUUAACUAUAAUAGUAACUAUAACAGCUAAUCAUUUCCUUUAAGUGGCAAUAAUGGGCAAAACACUCAGUACAAAUUCCAUUAAUAUAUCUGCAAAACCCAUUUCUCAGUGCAGUUGCUUCACUGAUGGUUUAUCCAAUUAGGGGAAGUAAUGCCCAAUGCUAUUACACGGGUUAUAUAUUUUAUUUGUUAGUGAAAUGUGGGACUUCUGUCAUAUGCUAUGAGAAAUAAAAUCAGCGUUUUUCAGGUUAGUAUUAACCUUCAUAAUUACGUAGUAAAAUAUCUCAGUUCUAUAAAGUGUUAAUUUAUUUAAAUGUAUCACAAUUCUGUAUUGUUAUCAGAAAUAAAAGAGAGAAAAGUA